GGAAAUUUCUCACGACCGCCUCUAGGAAAGCAAGUCGCAUACUCUAAAUCCCAGCCAAAAAAAACGAUACCCCUUAGACACGACAAACCCUCGACGGAGAUCUGACGGCAGCCACGAAUCCGAAGCUGAACACACCGAGCGACCCCACGAACCCCCCACCGAAAUAACGAAGACAAAAAAUAAAAUAAAAAUGCCUGCGCCAACAGCAGUAAAGGCCCUUGCGGCCGACGAGGUCGCUGCGACGGCACCCCCCGCCAUGGACAUAGACGCGACCCUGGCCCUGACAGAUGGCGGAGAGGCGCCGAAGGAGGAGGAGUUCAUGCUGGGCACGGCCGAGCGCGACAUCCUGGUGGCGGCCGAGACGAUAGCGGCGCCGGCCGAGCAAGGGGGCGAGAUGGCCAUCGACGAGGAGUCACGGCCCCGGUUCGCGCCGGCGCGGGACGCCGAGCCGGCCGCGCGCCGCGAGACCAGGAAGGUGCCCGUGCCGCCCCACCGCAUGACGCCGCUCAAGGCCAACUGGCCGCAGAUCUACGAGCCGCUGGUCAAGCACCUGAAGCUGCAGGUGCGCAUGAACAUCAAGUCCAAGACGGUGGAGAUGAGGUCAUCACAGAGCACCACGGAGGCCGGCGCGCUCCAAAAGGGUGAGGACUUUGUCAAGGCUUUCACGCUCGGGUUCGACGUCCAGGACGCCAUUGCCCUGAUCAGGGUGCCGGAGCUGUACAUCCAGACGUUUGAGAUCAAGGACGUCAAAUCGCUCACGGGCGACCACCUGGCGCGUGGUGUUGGCCGUAUUGCCGGCAAGGACGGAAAGACCAAGUUCGCCAUCGAGAACGCAUCGAGGACGAGGAUCGUUCUGGCAGACAGCAAGAUCCACAUCCUGGGCAGCUUCAAGAACGUCCGGAUGGCCCAGGAAAGCAUCGUGGACCUGAUCCUCGGAAAGCCGCCCAGCAAGGUUUACGGCAACCUCCGAGCCAUCAGUGCCCGGAUGAAGGAGAGGUUCUGAGCGGCGCCUUUGUUGAAAAAAAGGGGCGGAAACGCACUGCAUGGGGAGAAGGCGUAUGGGGCGUUCCGGGUUGGCACUCGUGUGUUCCGUGAUUUUGUUUUCUCUUUGAGUCGUUCCUCAGCUAUCCAUUGAGAGACGACGAAUCAGGCCGGCUUUUUUCGGCUUAAACGAUCCUAUGACGAAAAAUAGAAUGAUUUGCUCAAAUGCAGCGCCAGAUGCGAGCCUGGAGAUCAGACAACGUGCAGAGAUGUAAUCAGGCGCGGAGGAGCUCAGGGGUAUCAUGUUGAAAAUGCGUGACAGCCACACUGCGCUGGGAAAUAGGUAAUAAGGGAAGAGAAACGCCCCAUUUUUG